CGUGCUGAUCGCGCGUAUUUCCUCUGUCACGCAGCUUCUGCAUUGCACGUUUACUCAUACUCCUGUUUCCCGUUUUAUGGACUGAAUAAUAAAUUUUAAUAUUAAUCUGGCAAUAGUUUAGCCCUGAGCAGUUUGAGCUGGUUGUCAUCUGUGCGCGGAGACGUCCACCACUGACUGCGAGCACAAUGGAAGACGGCUCUACUUCUGGCGAUGUACCACCCGGACCGUGGGGUCUCUCGAUUCAGUAUGAUGAUGCGGUUGAUCUGCCAGCACCGACGGUUCGUCCCGUGAAUCCCGUCCUGCCCGACACCGUGACAAUGCUGGAGCAUGCGCCGUCCGGUGGGCGAGUGUACAUUGUCGGAACUGUACAUUUGGGAGAGAAAAGCCAGGAAGACGUCGCUGCGACGAUUCGGACGGUCAAGCCGGAUUCGGUGAUGCUGGAACUGUGCACAGAACGGCUGGACAUUUUAACUGUGGAUGAAGACGAAGCCCGGCGUGCACUGAGUCCACUGAGUGAACUGAACAGGAAACACUUCCAUAUCUUGGCCCAACAAUUGGGCGUCGCACAGGCAUUCCGGGUGUUCUGGGCGCUGAAACAAUCCGGACAGCACGCCAAGAAUUUAGGCAUUUCUGGCAGCGACAUGCGCACGGCCUUCCGCGAAGCCGCCAACCUCCCCAACUGCACGGUGUUGCUUGGUGAUCGACCACAGAGUAUCACGCACCAACGCACCUACGGUGCCUUAACAUUGUGGGAAUACAUCCGGCAUCUGUGGAUCGCAGUGCGAGACCUAUGCGUGCACUGGAAUAUUAGCCAGGACGAUGUGGAAAAGCUGAAAACCAGCGCGUUUCUGGAGGCCGACGCAGCGCGAAUGUCCGCGGCGUGUCCCACGGUGCAGCGCGCCAUCGUGCACGAGCGGGAUGUCGUGAUGGCCGAAGGGUUGAAGUGGUUCUUGGCGCAGCCGGUGAUGACGACAGAGGGUCCGCGGAGCCGGGUGAUGGUGGGUGUCGUGGGAAUGGCCCAUGUGGCCGGUAUCCAGCGGGCCUGGAACCGUCCGUCAUUGUCGCAGAAUGAGCAGAAGAAUCUUUUCACCAUCCCACCGACGGCCAAAUGGCGGGAGCGUGCGCCCGUUGUUGUAAAGGUCUCCUGGUUGCUCCUCUGCGGAUAUAUUACGAGUCGUGGUGGGAGGUUCCUGGCUAAUCUAGUGCGUUGAUUUCCGCAUUUGACGUCCGGAUACAAGCAGGGAUGCCAGCCGCGGCUGCAUUGAAUCCCUGGGACCAUGGAUGAAGCAGACA